ACUCAGGACAGUGCACAGGGAAGACACGUCGGCCGGGAAGGAUUUACGUGUGUGAUUGUGAUCGCGCUAUGGUCCAGUGAGAGCGAGUUCGAGAGAGCGAAUAGCCCACCGCCGCCGCCGCCGCCGCUGACGCCAUGUUGAGGUUGAGCCUUGUGGUGGCUGUGGCCCUGGCCUGCCACCUGCCCGCCCUGCGCGCCCAGCACCUCGAGAACGACCUGCAGUCUCUGCUGCACGACCUGGACGUGAACCAGGAUGCCGCCGCGCCGCUCGAGAUGGACGACGACUUCGAGGUGGAGCUGUUCUACCGACCCGAGGACGAGGCGCCGCGAGGGAGCGCGCCCAAGCCCGCGAAGAGCAAGGUCGAGGCGGCGCGGGGCCAUCCCGUCAAGCGGCAGUGGGGCGUCUCCGACACGCGCGCGCACCAGGGCUUCCUCUUCUCGCACCCCGUGCCGCGCGACGCCUUCUCGGGCCGCGUCGACCACCUGCAGGUCACUGGCUUGCCCGACUGGUUGCACUGGGACGCGGGCCGGGGCGUGUUCGAGGGCGUCCCGCUCGCGUCCGACCGGGGUCCCCACUACAUCACCGUCCGGGCGCACGGCAGCGACCAUUCCUACGCCAAGGAUGUGUUUGCCGUCGAGGUGGAUGAGGUUGAAGGUUCCACUCUGGCUGAUCAGUUUGACUGCCGACCCAAGGAAGAUUUAACAGUUAUGUCGGUAAUGAUAGAGACUCACCUGCCCACGCUAGAGGCCAAGCACCGAGUGAAACUUCUCCGCACGGCCAUGAAGUACUUUGGUCUCAAGCAGAUGUGGUUAGUGCCAGCCCCCCAUGACUUUGACCCCCUGGCAGAGAACGAUGCCAUCAUGGCAGGCCCUGGCAACGCCAGCCUGAAGAACAGCAGGCUCCACACAGACUCACUGUCUCAGCUGCAAUGGAUUGUAGGCUGUGGUGGCAAUGUGGCUAAGAAGGAGCAAGUGAACCAUGUGGAGGCUGCCGCCAGGGACGGCACACUGCAAAAUUACCUCCAUGUACCAGUCCACGGCUGGUUUGUGACUCAGGUACAUCCGUCCUUCAAUAGAGUGCGCCGCCAGAUUGAAAACUCUGGUGACUAUGAUUAUAACUAUGACUACAACUAUGACUACUAUGAUUAUGGGGAAGAAGAUGAUGGAUAUGACUACUCUGUAUAUGAUGAGCCAGAGACACGCGUUAUCCCCUCCUUGGCCACCCCAGUGUUUACAGACACCCCAGCCACCUACUACCCUGGAGUUCCUGCCGAGGUGCCCAUUUCCGUCUCACCUGUGCUUCGUCCUGUGCCCAUCUCCACACCUGUCUUUGUUCCUGUUAAGCCCACCCGAGUCCUGGAGGCAAGCCCAACUGUCACAUAUGAGUCUGCCUACCCCACAGAAUACCCAGAUCUUGAGGGAUCCAUUGUUACAAGGCCUGCUUACACAGUAGACUCCACAACGCCCCUGAGUGCCACAGCUACCAUGACCAAGAAGCCCGUGAUUGCCCCAACCCGUACCAUUGAGCCAUCAACUGUUCCGACUGUAGCUGUCACCACAGAGAUUGGUGUCAAAAACUUCCCACCUCUCAUCAGGAACAGGAUCCAGAAACUGGCUUGGAUCGCUGGCCAUGUAUACAGACUGCGGAUUCCAGCUGACACCUUUGAGGACAUUGAGGAUGGAACCACAAGGGACCUUCGCCUCUUGUUCAAGACCUCAGAUGGUCUGUCUAUUGGGCGUAACUCAUGGAUCCAGUUCAAUCCAUCCAGACAAGAGAUCUAUGCAUUGCCAUUGGAGGAUAAGAUUGGUAGGUACACCUUCCUGUUGGAAGCAAUGGACUCCGAGGGCAAGACCAUCACCGACUCCAUCAUGAUUCACGUCCAGCAAUCGAAGGAGGCGCGCAAUUUCAACCACCGCUUCACGGCCACCUUCCGAGUGGAGAAGAAAUACGAGUAUGACUUUGUCUACUCCCUUGACUGGAAGAUAAAAGUGGUUGAGAAAAUUGCUCAGAUUUAUGGUGAUCCAAACACUGACAACAUUAAUGUCAGGUCCAUUUCUGAGAACCCCACCAAGUUGACAUGGACGAACACCACACUGACCAACCCACGGUCACCAAUGUGCCCCAUGGAUCAGCUGCUGGCAGUGCAGGAGGUGCUGGUGGAAGGUGAUGAGCACGACCUCACACGAGAGGUGAAGGAGGUGUUCCAGCCCGAGUUCCACUUGAAGCGGAUCCACCCUCACUUUAUGGGACCAUGCGAGAAGCACUCUGCCCCGAAACCAGGCAUGCCGCAUCCUCCCGGACCAGAGGAUACCGGCCGAGGUGGCGAAACCUUCAGCAACAGCCCGCCCAUCAUCCGUAACCACAUUGAUUUCCUCAAUGCCACCCUUGGCAUGCUGUUCCGUUACCAGGUUCCUACGGACACCUGCUACGACUUGGAGGACGGAGACUCUCGCCGUCUGAACCUGCGUCUUCUGACCUCCAACCUCUCUCCGCCUCCCCUCGACUCUUGGCUCCAGUUUGACGAGGCCAACCAGGAGUUCUUUGGCCUCCCAUUGGCAGGGGAUGCAGGGAAAGCAGAGUACAUUCUUGAAUGUGUGGACAGUGGUGGCGAGAAGGUGAAUGAUGCACUGUUCAUCCGAGUGAUGCGUGGGUCAACCACUAAGAUCCCGCCCGUGGAGUUCUCUAUCACAGUCGACACUGACUACCAACAGUUCAUGAGCAAUGCCCACCAGAAGGCACGACUGAUUGAGCAGAUAGCCUAUGCGUUCGGUGACAGUGAUACCGAGAAUGUGGUCGUGGAAUCACUGCGGCAGGGCUCAGUGGAAGUGAAGUGGCACAAUGGGUCACUUCCGUCAGAGCCAUGUCCCAAUGAGGAGAUCCAGCGUCUCAGGAAACUCAUGGUCAAUGACAAUGGUGAGCUGAAGCGUGAGUUCAUUGACAACUUUGCCCCCGACUUCAAGGUAGAGAGUGGGUCAGUCCGUCCAAGUGGCUCAUGCCUAGCUGAGGACACACCCACCCAUGUGGAAGAGGAUUCUCACCACCCACCACAGGGGGAGACUGUGCAGGGUGAAGAGAAUGACUACCUGCUUAACUUCAUUAUCCCAGCAGUCAUCAUUGCUGCCAUGCUCCUUCUGGCAGCCAUCAUUGCGUGCUGCCUCUACCGUAGGCGCCGCUAUGGCAAGAUGACCAUGGCUGAUGACAGCACCUUUGUGAGCAAAGGCAUUCCCAUUAUCUUUGCUGAGGAGCUGGAUGACCGGCCUGAUCCAGCCAAGAGCCCUGUCAUCAUGAAGGAUGAGAAGCCCCCUCUGCCACCCCCUGAGUAUCAACGUGGCUCUUCACCCGCUGCUUCCUCCACGCCCCCCACAUCUGACCGACGCCGUCCCCCCUCAGGUGACGCGGGUGAUGACACGCCCUCAUACCAACCCCCUCCACCUUUCACUGCCACCAAUGGGGCCUCACGCCACCCACGCCCCAACAUGCCGCCCACGUACAGGAAGCCGCCCACCUAUGUACCCCCCUAAGAGUGUUGGCCCGCGGCAGAUGGCGGGCGGUGAACAGUCAGAGUUGCCAAACAAGAAAGCAAUAAGAAAGUGAUCCAAGACUAAAAACCUUAGUGGCAGCAUUCUGUUGUGUUCAGACACUUCAGUAAUUAUUCAGAGAUUUUAUGGAAAUUCAAAUGGUAAAUCAAUUGCAGAUGAUAUUGAUGUGAAACUAAAAAAAAAAAACGAGUUGGCUGGAAGUUUGCUUAUUUUAUGCUGCUGAAGGACCAUUUUCUAUCUCAGAAACCAAAGUAAAACUA